AUGGUGGGAUACUGUAUCCAGGGAAGCGAGAAGAUCGAUUCUCAACGGCGAUCUCAAAAGGCUGGACGACUCGAGAACGCCAUUGGCUGGUACCACUCACAUCCAGGCUACGGAUGCUGGCUAUCUGAAAUCGACGUCAACACCCAAAUGACCACUCAUCGCGGUUGCCUGGCUGGGGAUUUUGGUAUCACCCUUGAAAACCAGGUGUCGCAGAUGUCCUAA